CUCACGACUUAUCAACGAGCCUGAAAACUAUCUAAAAACUGCUGCUGUGUCAACAAGUUCAGCCGAAUGGUCCUGCGAGUUAAGUUUUGGUUUGACAGCAGAUGUUUUUGUUAAUUGAAGGUUUACAAUAAGGUUUCAAUCACGUGGCUGUCCCUGUGAAGGCUUUGGUUCAUGCAACCCAACCCACCAUUACCAGAAUGGCGUGGAGGGAUGAUGAGAGGCGUAACCCUGAACUAUAUAGCCGACAGAUAGUGCGAAAGUUAUGGCACGGUCCUCUUCGAGGGUAAAGGUCCUUCUGCGUCGACUUUUGAGAAAGCACGACGUACCACAGAAACAUCUUUUUCUGAACGGAACUGGAUGGCACGCGCACCCCCGUACGAACUAGGUCGGUCGCAGAUAAGUUUUUUUUUAUUGACCAUUAAACUGUGUCCAGGUGAUGGAGAAUUAAGGUAUGAGGCUCAUCUGGAAGCAGCUAUAGAUUUUAACUCCUUAGACACAACCUGAGGAUGACGUCUAUAUAGGACCUUUGGCAUCUCCCUGCUGUAUCAACUUCUCAAUCCAAUCAUGCUACCUAAAGACCACAACAGUGAAGCCAAGGCAGCCAAGAUCAGCCUGUUUCAAGGGGGUGCUGUCAAGGAGAAGGAGAAGGAAAAGGAGACAAAGAUCCAGUACGUGGACCCUCCAGACGGAGGCUGGGGCUGGAUGGUGGUGCUGCACUGCUUCCUGGUCAACGUGCUGGUGAUGGGGACCUUAAAGACCUUCGGCCUUUUCUUUGUGGCGUUCCAGGAUGAGUUUGGAGGUUCGGCAGAGAGCAUUAGCUGGAUUGGCUCUAUCAUGUCCAGUCUACGGCUCUCCGCAGCUCCCCUGGCGUCUGUGUCCUGUGCCAAGCUGGGGACAAGAGUCACCUCCAUAGCUGGGGCAGUGCUGGUCAGUGGAGGGUUUCUCACCAGCAUAUUUGCCUCCAGUGUGACCUUUCUCUACAUCAGCAUGGGACUGAUUGUUGGUCUUGGUUUUGCCCUGCUGUACCAAGCUACCUCUGUCAUCAUUGCAAUGUACUUCCGAAAACGACUAGCGACGGCAUAUGCUAUUGGACGCUCUGGGAUGGGUUUGACCUUUGCCCUGGCACCCUUCACUCAGCUGCUCCUUGAGCAGUAUGCCUGGCAAGGAACUCUGCUCAUCUUAGGGGGCCUCAUGCUGAACCUGGUGGCCACCGGGAUGCUGCUCCGACCCAUCCACAUCCGCCCUUCCACCAUCUCGCCCUCCUCCACCUCCACCUCCGCCAAGAAAAGCCCCUCCGUCUCCCCCAGGAGUCCAGAGAAGGACCACACCAAGAACGGGCGCGCGAACGGCACCUCCACACCCUUAACCAACGGCUUUGCCAAAGUGGACCCCUCCUCUCCCUCCCCUCCCCUGCCAUCCCAUCACUGGGAGAAGGAGAUCUCAGAGAAAUCCCCCCUCGGCCCUGGAUCCCAGUGCCCCCCACAAAAUCCUGAACUGACCCGGCUGGUUGUGAACGGCUCGAACGGGCACGACUCUGGCGGGGGGGGGAAGGGGCAGAGUCUCGACGACUUGGCGGAGACCAACGGAAGCCUGAACGGCUCGGUGGCCGUCGGGUUCUCGCCGCGCGCUGGCACUCCCUGCGAACCUCCCGUCACAAAGGCCAAAGUUUUGGACUUCUCGCUCUUGAAGGACCCUUUCUUCUGUAUCUACACCUGGUCUCUGGUCUUCAGCCAGCUGGCCUAUUUCAUCCCUUACUUCCACCUGUCAGCACGAGCCAGGAACCUGGGCAUCGACGCCAUGGACGCCUCCUUCAUCAUCUCAGUAGCAGGUAUCACAGAGACCAUAGCUCAGCUGGGGUCUGGCUGGCUGGCGGACAGGAACCUGCUCCACAAGUACCACUACCACAAGGCCUACCUUAUCCUCUGCGGGGUGGUGAACCUGUUCUCGCCCCUGGCCGACUCCUUCAUUCUGCUUAUGGUUUAUGCGGUCUUCUUCGCCAUCUUCUGCGGAGGCUACAUGGCACUGCUGCUGCCCGUCCUGGUGGACCUGGUGGGCCAAGAGAAGCUCAACAACUCCAUGGGCUUCUCCAUGUUCUUUGUGGGUCUGGGCUGCCUCACAGGCCCCCCCCUCGCAGGCUUCCUGUAUGACUACACCCAGACGUACGACUGCUCCUUCUACCUGGCGGGCAUCUGCUAUCUCCUCUCCUCCGUCUCUCUGUUCCUGGAGCCCUUGGCGAGGCGCUGGGAGGCCCGCCAGAAACGAGCGUUGGCCCGCCGCGUCGACACGGGCUGGAAGACCAACGGAUGCUUCUGUCCAGAACCUCCUCACAACGGUGCCACCUCGUCUCCCUAACAGUCCCAAUGCAGUCUUAAAACAUACCUACGCCAGCGUGGGGACCUUGAUGUCCUUUCAACGGUUAGAGAAGGAGCAUCAGAUGGAUAGAGGGGGAAAUGAGUAUGACCACCAUAGGACAAGGCCCGGUCAUGGAUGUAACAGAGACUUCCUUUUCACCAGAACGAUGAAUCCUGCUUGGUAACUUUUGAUCAUAAGCCAAAAUCACAUUUCGUGCUA